ACCAUACGAAAUGAAGUGUGUUUUUUAAUUUUCGUUUCUGUUUGCUCUCUGAUGAUUAAGUUUUUAUUUUUAUUUUCUACUUUAUUUUUUCAUUGCCUUUUUCGCACUUGUAUUAUAAUUUUAAACUAAUGAGUGAGUGAGUCAUUUCCUUGACCUCUGAGUGCUCUAUUUCAAUAUUUACUUUGCAACUUGUGAUACCAUGUAAUGAGUAGAGUAUACGAUUUGAUUUAAGUAUACAUUCUUGAUUAUAAAAAUGAUAAUAAUAAUCAAUUACAUAUUUGCUAAUUUAAGAGAUUGAAAUGCCAAUCUUCUCUGUCUUUACACAUUUGCUCUAUUAAUCUCUAUUCCAUUGUGAACUCAACUUCACCUCUGGUUUCUGCCAACUUCACCUCUGCUACUUUCUCCUGUUCACCUUUCGUAGCAGAAGAAAGUGUGCCCUGGGUAACUUCUAAUGGAUUUUGUCGAUGCUAAGUAGGCCAGGCGAGAGAUGAAUAUCCAUGUCCCUUGAGCAUACAUCAUUGUAAAAAUCAAACUACGACUAGUAACUGUUACUAAGCUAAGCAAAAAUAAUUUUGUAAAAAAAUGUCUGUGAAUGAAGAAGCCGAAACCACAAAGCCGCCAACUGCAACAGUUGAGGACAAAGUGGAAACUGUGGCUGAGACAGCCAUCGACAACGCCACCACUACUACACCCACCGUUGUCACCAACACCACCAACACUACCAAUACCAUCGACACCACCACUACCAACACUACUACUACCAACACCAUCGACACCACCACUCCCAACACCAUCGCCAACACCACCGUCAACACCACCACUGCCAAUGCGAAUCCACCAUCCGAGCUGGAUAUUGUGAUCAAUAAUGUCGUCUGCUCGUUCAGCGUGCGCUGUCACCUGAAGCUGCGGGAGAUUGCGCUGCACGGCUCCAACGUGGAGUAUCGUCGGGAAAACGGGAUGGUGACGAUGCGUUUGCGUCGUCCCUAUACGACGGCUUCGAUCUGGUCGUCCGGCCGCAUCACCUGCACGGGCGCCAUCUCUGAGUCGCAGGCCAAGGUAGCGGCGCGCCGUUAUGCUCGCAGCUUGAGCAAGCUGGGAUUCCCGGUGCGCUUCCAGCAGUUCCGCAUCGUCAACGUGCUCGGCACCUGCAGCAUGCCCUGGCCGAUACGCAUAGUCAACUUCUCGGAGCGGCACCGUGAGAGCGCCUGCUAUGAGCCGGAGCUGCAUCCCGGCGUCACCUUCAAAAUGCAGGAUCCGAAGGCCACCCUCAAGAUAUUCUCGACGGGCAGCAUCACGGUGACGGCGGCCAGCGUGAACGCCGUGGAGUCGGCCAUACAGCGUCUGUAUCCGCUGGUCCAUGAAUUCCGCACUCGACCCUUGAACGAGAUCCUAGACGAUGGCAAGAUGAAGCCGAAGUUACCCAAUCUCGUCAAGCGUCCCAUGGCAAUGCCCUCGAACGCCAUAUCCAAGCUCAUGCCUAUGCCCGUGGACAUGUCCAUGUCCAUGCCCAUGGUUCUGCCUACGGCCCUGCCCAUGUCCAUGCCCAUGGCUCUGCCCACGACCCUGCCCACGGCCAUGCCCAUGCGCGUUCCCAUGCUGAACGUGAAGCCCGGACUGAGACGUGAGCAGCCGACGCCGCCGCCAAAGAGUACGCCCAGCGAGAACAUCUGUGGUAACGCGCGUCGUCGCGCCACCGAGUACUGGGCCAGCAAGUUGCAGAAGAAGCGUCCGCGCUUCAACGAAGCCGGCUCCAUUGCCAUCCUCAAUGCCAACAGCUUGGCCCGUCAAAACAAACUGCCCCGAAAGACACCCAACAAGCCGGACGGGAAGUCCACAGCACAGGGCGGAGAAUCGAGUCAAGUGGACAGCAGCUCGACUGAUGAGCCCGAUGAUGAAGAGAAGAAUUCUUAGAUUCCUGAAGACUAAAUAAAACCUUCCCACUCAACUGAAGAGCUGUUUUAAGUACUGUAAUAAACUUGUAACUAAUAAUUGAUUUAAUUAAUUUCAAUUUGAUAUUAUCCCUAAGAUGGAUGAGAUUAAACAUACCUAACUAGAAA